AUGGCGGCGAACAAGCACUCCCCGACGAUGGAGCACGACUUUCAGUAUGCCGAGAAGCCACACUCACAAGAGGACGGGAUCAUGAACAUAACCCACAGAGAGCGAAUGUCCGAUUCGGAUUUACUGUCAGAAGGUGCCACUGUUGCCACCGUUUCUUCCGCAUACGCAGAGCGAGGCGCUCCCAUCAACCGUAGUCUGACAGCGGAGCUGAAGAAGGAAUCAAACUCAGCGUUGACAUGGAGCAAACUUCGGCGGACAUUGCGCGAUCCCUUUUCUGAGUUCAUGGGAGUAUUCAUUCUUAUCAUGUUUGGCGAUGGCGUCGUGGCCCAAGUCGUACUAAGUCGUGGAGAGAAAGGCGAUUACCAAUCCAUCUCGUGGGGAUGGGGCAUUGGUGUCAUGCUUGGUGUGUACUCAUCCGGUAUCUCUGGAGGCCACAUCAACCCAGCUGUCACAUUUGCAAACUGUGUGUUUCGCAAAUUUCCAUGGAGGAAGUUUCCCGUAUACAUGUUGGCGCAAACUCUGGGGGCAAUGGCUGCUGCCGCUGUCGUUUACGCCAACUACAAGUCUGCCAUUGAUGAAUUCGAAGGAGGCGUCGGCAUCCGGACCGUGACUGGAGAGAAUGCAUCCGCCGGUGUCUUCUGCACCUACCCUGCACCAUUCAUGACCAGGACUGGCAUGUUCUUCUCGGAAUUCAUUGCCAGCACGUUGUUGAUGUUCUUGAUUUACGCCAUCAAGGAUGACCACAACAUCGGUGCAAAGAACCUCACACCACUAGCAUUGUUCUUCAUCAUUUUUGGUAUUGGUGCUUGCUUCGGUUGGGAGACCGGGUACGCAAUCAACCUGGCCCGUGACUUUGGACCUCGUCUCGUAUCGUAUAUGAUCGGAUAUGGCACGGAGGUCUGGUCCGCGGGUGGCUACUACUUCUGGAUUCCCAUGGUUUCACCGUUCUUGGGGUGCCUCUUCGGUGGCUUUUUGUACGAUGUUCUCCUGUUCACCGGCCAAAGUCCGAUCAACACGCCGUACUGGGGCCUUUAUCGAGUUGUACCAAGUCUGCGCAGAAAGUACGCGGGAACGAGGUGGGAUGAAGAGUCGUUGAAGAGCGAUGAUUGA